AGGACUCACAAUCUACUUAGCGUUAAGUAAAUGAGAUGUACAGACCGCGAUCUUCGCACUCUAGAAUCUUAGAUUUUCAAAGUCCUUCAAAUAAUUUUACUGAAACAGAAACGUCCACAAUGGCUGAAUUUCAGACUACAGGCUCUAUCCCCAUUAUUCCCGAGCAUAUUUUACCAGCUAUAACCAAGUGUUUCGAUCAGUUCUCCCAGGUACAAUGGGGAAUGAUUGAACAGGGAAUCUGGGACUCUGAUCUCCAAGCAUUACUGGCUGAUAUGAUAAUCGAAAUCAUUCAGAUAGUUUCUACCAGCAUCCUGAAACCUGCACUUCCCACACUUCAGGAGUUAAUGACAGACGAAUUGUCCCAAACAGAUAUCAGCAUACCUGUGGCAAAAAUAGCUCCGUCGCUGGGAGACUCUCUUUCAACCAGCAUUGGCAUCGCUCUUAACAUCCCCCAUGAAAACUGUCAGUCCAGUAAGAAGCUGACAAAACUGAUUGAAUUGGAGAUCUCAGAAAAGGUCGACUCAGCUGUGACUCUACUCUUGAACAACCCGGAUUUACGGUCAGAUCCUGCCGUUUAUGUCAGUGGAAAAAUGACAACCACAAAAAACCUUCGACGCAUGGUCUCUCACGCUGCCUCGUGUUUGGAAAAAUGUGCAGGUAAGCUAAGCAGCCAGUGCAUGUCAAAGGGCGGCGCAGCUAGUUCCCCUAGCCCGUCUAAUUCAGAGAGUACUGAAUCAAAGAUCUCUGAGAAGGCAAUGGUUGUUGAGGAGGUGAGCAGCGCUCUCACCAAAUGGAGCACAGACACAGGAAUCACAGAGGACAAUAAGGAUGAAAAUGACAUGACGCCUGUAGAGAUAAAAGAAAGUGAAACUGGAGAGAUGGCGGAAAGU